UCAGCUUUGCUAAACUCAUCUAAACAGGUCACUCUCCGAUUCUUCGUAUUGGAACAUUCAAUUGAUCGAUUUGGAGAGUGUCAAAGAGAUGGCUGGGCACAAGAUCGCACACGCAACUUUAAAAGGACCAAGUGUUGUGAAGGAGUUAGUUAUUGGCCUCGCACUUGGGCUAGCGGCUGGUGGGCUAUGGAAGAUGCACCACUGGAACGAGCAGAGGAAAACAAGGUCCUUCUAUGAUUUGCUUGAGAGAGGCGAGAUUGCUGUUGUUGUUGCAGAUGAGUAGUUAGUAAAGAAAUGUACUUGUCAACAAUAAUAAGUGUUUAAACUCACUGUUUUGACGAUGACGAUUACCUCAAAAUAUUUAGUGUUUGUUAGUUCAAUGUAAUAACAGGGUUAAAAACCCAGACAUCGUUUGAUCUCAUUAGUUUUAGCUGCAGGCAGUAUAACAUACGAUGAUUUCUAGCAUCUCUUAACACAAAAUAAACUUGUGAAUGUUGU